UUUCUUAAAAUUUUUGCAGGAAAACUUAGAGAAAAGGAAAAAAUGGGGAGAGGAAAGCUGGUAAUACAAAGAAUUGAUAAUACAACAAGCAGACAAGUAACGUUUUCGAAACGAAGGAGUGGAUUAAUUAAGAAAGCGAGGGAGCUUUCGAUACUUUGUGAUGCUCAAGUUGGAUUGAUAAUAUUUUCAAGUACCGGAAAACUCUAUGAAUUUGCCAACACCAACAUGAGAUCAGUGAUAGAGAGAUACCAUAAUACGCAUGAUUGUGUUCUACAACCAAUUCCAGCUGAUGAUCUUAAGUUUUGGCAAAGGGAGGCAGCACAGCUUAGGCACCAACUUCAGCUUUUAGAAGAGAGCCACAGAAAACUGAUGGGUGAAGAUCUCUCAAAUUUGAGCAUCAAAGACCUCCAGAGUUUAGAAAAUCAAUUGGAAGCUAGUUUAAAGGGUGUCCGAACGCAAAAGGAUCAACUUCUAGCUAAUGAGAUUACAGAUCUGAAGCGAAAUGGAGGCCUUACGCGUCAAGAAAAUAUUGAACUUUAUCAGAAACUUCACAUUGUAAAACAAGAAAAUUCGGAUCUUAGAAAGAAGUUGAAUGGGACAUACAAGGAGCAUCAAGCAUAUCAACAACCACACAAGUCGAUUAGUGUUCAAAGUGAUCGUUACAUACCAGUUCGUCUUCAGCUAAGCCAACCGCAACCAUUGAACAUUGAUGCAUCAGCAAGAACUACGACGAAGCUAGGGUUACAGUUGCAUUAGCAUAUACAGAUCUACGUCUUUCAAGUUAGGAUUAAUUUACACAAAACUACGUAAAUGCGUAUAGAAAUACUAAUAUGAGUAUAUGCUUAUUACAAAACUUGAAUCACUAAGAAGCUAAAUGUAACACCAACUUGUACAAGUGUUCCAACAAUUACGCAUUUCUAGCUAGCUAGCUAGAUUUUUUCGAGUUUGAUCAUUGGAGAAGAUCGAUUGAUCGAGAUUGGUUGUACAUGUUCAUGAACAUGCUAUUGUGUUGGAGUAGCUAGGAAUAUAUAUACAAUUGAAGCAGUGAACUUUGCUUAAUGAUUUUUCGCUAUGUUAUU